AUGUUUAUUUGUAAUCAAUUGGAUUUUCCAACUACUCAACGCACUUUUAUUGAUUUUCCAAAUAAUAAUAUUAUUUCUUAUGUUCACUAUUUUCCAGAAGCAAAAGAAAGUCAAUGUCGUAUUGACUCUUAUCCAUCGUUUAUCCCAUAUUACAACAAUAUUACAAAUAAUUUUCCACGUGGAUUAUUGAAAUAUGUUCGUGUGAUAUCGUUGUAUGAUGAAUAUCCUUUUGAACAUGAAUUUUUUAUUCGAAUUCAAAAAUCAUUUCCAUUUAUAGAAGAAUUAACUGCGAUUAAUUAUAAAUCACAAAAUGAAAAACAAUCUUAUGAACCAAACAAUGAUAGUCAAAAUUGA